CCUGCGUUUGUGUGUGUCUGUGUCUUUCGGCCCGAACUUUGUGGGAAUUUAUAAUUAGUAGUUGAGGAUACAUCGGAAGAGGGAAAACCAUCCAUGAGAUUGAAAUGCUCGAGGCUCGAUAUCUCAAAUAAUAAAAAUGCCUCAAUGCUAUUUUAUUGUUGAAAAUACCUCGCCAUCUUGAUGCUGUCAAGGGGGCACAAGAAUUUUCGUGUGAUUGCACGAUGCAUGUGUGCAAAGAGUCGCAGUACGUACGACCUGCAUUGACGUUUACUCCCUAUCAGCCAAUGUUUUGAUUCAUCCAGUGAAUUAACAUACCUAUAUAUUUUCAUUAAUUUUCAAUCGCUUGCGCAAUAGACAAGGCAAAUUUUUCAAAAAAUCAACAGUAUUAUUUCUCCAGAUAUUUACAAGGGAAUGUUUUUAUUUGCCAAUGACAAUUGCAGUGAGUUUUGACUGAGAUAAAAGAAAAUUACGCAUGAGAGAAAAAAAAUGUAUUCCUAACUGCUGAUGAUUGAAGCGAGUGGCCAGUUAACGAUUGUGUCGUUAUUUUAAAUAACACUAUAUUGUUUGGAUGAGAGGGCGAGAUUAUUUAUCUUAUAUUAACAAUAACUGAAUGGUAAAAUGGCCACGGAUGUGAAGGAGUCUGAUACUGAGGACCACGAGAGACCUGCACCAGCUAAGAGACAAUGCAUGAAAAUUGUAAACAGUCAUGAUGAAAUGAGUCAUCAAACGGUUCAGGAUUCCAAGGGUUCUGACACUGCACCUGAAACUGAAUACGAAUUGACUGAAAAAUUGAUAAGGGAGCAGCUUCGCAGAUGGCAAGCUUGUCAGGUAGCCAAGGGUUUUGUCGACAACACCAUAAAUCGCGUGAUGGAGAAUUACAUUCUGGGGCCACAAGCUGAUGCCUCCCAGUUUCGAUUAUUUCGUGGAACUGACAUGGAAGACACUGCUGUAAUGAUGGCCAUAAGAAAUCACGGCUUGGUGCACUCUGGACAGUUGGAGGACGAGGGAAAUGAUAUCUAUCAGAGUUUUUCCAAUUCCUUGGAGAGAGAUGAGUCUAAAAACUUUGGCAUUCCACUAGCUGCUACCUCUUCAAAGACAUCACCUAGUGGUGUUGACAAUUGCCAGGAGAAUAUGAGGGAUAAAAUUGAUGACGGAGGAGAUGAGCAGGAUUUUUUGGAACGAGCAGUUGCAGAAGCUAUAAAAAUAAAAGGGCUGAGUGCCCUGAGUGUUGAUUAUGGUUGAAAUUAAAUCCCCAGAUGUCAACCUUUGUUGUUAUUUUUCUUCGGUCGAAUCACGCAUUCCAGUCGUACAGCCUAUAACAUUAUACUCCUACGGCCAAUUUUCUCAAUCUCUUUCUAUCUUAUCAAAUGAUUACUAAUUGCCAAUAAAUUAAUGACUUGGGAGCGCUGUUGGCCAGAAUAUCAUGUACAUUUAUUAAAUAGCCAUUCGAGCAGGAUUUAAUUGAGAAAAUAAAACGCUUGAACUGAAGGAAAAAUGUAGACCUCUCAUGCCAUAGAAAAAAUGUAACAGCUUCGUUCUUAUUGUACUAUAUGAACAUUUGUCAGCAGAUUAAUAUUAACGAGAAUAUUCUUGUAUCACAUGUAA